AUGAAAGCGCGUCAAGCUAUCGCAAACACCAAACCACCUGCACGUCAACAAGUAGAUGGAACACGCGAGGCGCAUUCGACCGACAUUCUGUUGAACCUCGACCACCGCCCGGCGGAUCAGACCACAGGCAGAAUGAUGGAAAUAGAGGAGGACGACAUCCUGCGCAAUGUCGCAGCCGGCGGCUCAAUGGACUUCUCUGCCUGGCCAGCCUUGUUGCCGCGCGUAGUCUCACGGAUCGAAAAGGUCGAGCAUGGCCAUAUCGCCCACGAUGACUUCCCUAUACCCACGCUACCUCCGCCACCAUCCACCACCAUCACCAUCCCGUCUUCGAUCCCGCAUCCCACGAACGAACCCGGUUCGGAAACCACAGCGAACUUCUUGUCGCCUCUACCCUCGUCGCCCACCGAGCCCGCGAGCUCGAGCUCUUCCCAAGACACGAACAAGGAGAACACACCCGUCGCGCAACGGACAGCUGCCCCGCCCACGUCUGUGCCAGCGCGCGCAGCCCCCCUUCCACCCGGCACCCUCCCACCGCAGGUCGCGCAUAUGCUCAGCGAGAUAACGUCUACUUUGACAUCGACCUUCCCAACGAACCCGCCACACACGCUUCAACGCCUCUCGGAGCUUGUACUUGCCCCCAAGGGCCAUUACCGCUCAUUAACGAACUAUCUCCAUGCACUCGACCGCGUAGUCCGUGUCACUUCCAGUCUCGAUAUCUACCCAUUACCGCUUGUACAUGCGGAGUCGACGGCGGCGCUUCCGAAUGGAGAUUCGGACAUGGCGCCUGCGCCAUCACUAUGGGCAGCGCCGGGUAGCGACGAGGCACUAGGCGGCGCAUUGCUGACACCGAUUCCGUGGCUCCAGGCCAGCCACCAAGGGAUAGGAGGAGGGGGAUCUCCGCAGCCGCAGCACAGCCCGCCCACGGCUACCACAUCGGAGACGCCUGGGCCGGCUAACGACCUGGAAGGAGAGGUACGGACAGAGAGCACCGAGACCAUCGACGGCCCCAACGGCGUGGGCAGCAUUGAGACGGUCUCGGUGUCCGUGAACGGCAUCCCGUCGAUGGGGGCGCGCGGGGUGGGCGUAACGCAGGGUGAGUUACUACGACAAGAGCAGCGCGCGGGCGUCGUUCCAGUGAGCCAGCUUGUACCGACGCAUCGCGUACACACAGGGCAUCCCGGCGAUGGCAGUGGUGCAAGCGCAGCAGCAGCGCAGCAAGUUCAGGCCCGCAUCCACCACGCUCAAGUCAACGCACGAUCGGGAGCCCCACCUGACUCAUCUACAUCAACAUCAGCAUCGUCCUCAACGCCGUCCUCGGCCACUCUCGAGGAAGAAGAAGACGGACGGGGACAAGGAGAAGCGGCAAUGGGAUCUACUUCUGAACCUGCUACGACGGGAGAGGCUGCGGCAAACGCCCCUGUCUCAUCUAUCAACAGCACCGGCCCCGAAGACGAGGAAAGGCCGCACGCGCGCGGGCCCGAGGAGAUCGGGUCUCACGACGUGGGGCCCCAGAGCGCGAGCAACACCUCGACGAUCGACGGACCAGGCGGUAUCGAGAUGCAAGGCAUCGACCUCCAGGCAGCCGUAGGCCGCAAAGCCGUAGCCGUCCCCACCGACGAAUCCUCCACCUCCACCGCGCCCGGCACCACGGAGAGAGCUGCCAAGACCGAGCAGCAAAAGCCGCAAGAGCAAGAAGAAGACGACGGCGACAAGAUGGACGUCGAAGUCGAGGCGCUCACGACCCCGAAGCGCGAGGCUGAAGACCAGCUCGCGAGUGCUGCUAGCAAGAAGCUGAAGGAGGACCCUGAAGCUGCUGCGACGGGCGCGGGAGGCGAGAAGCAUGGAAAGGGAGAAGAGGAUGGUGAUGGUGACAAAGGGGAUGCGGAUGCGAUGGACAAGGACGAGUGA